UGCGAAACUCCAAAACUCCUCUGCCACUCGUUGAGUCACACUGAUAACAGUUGCAUGGGUGAAUAGAAUAUUUGGGUCAUUCAUUGAUCAAUCAUCAUGACAACUAUUCAUCUUUCUUCCACUACGUCUUCUCUCUUCAAAUCUAAUAAUCUCAAUAAUCUCUCUUCCUCAAAUUUCAUCUCAUUUCAUUCUAUUAAGCAUCCAUCCAAACGCGUCCCCCAAAUAACCUCAUCCAACCAGUCUCCCACUCUCGGAAAUGAUUACUACACAAACUCUUCUUCGCUUUAUGGUACGUGGCGAACAGGGGAAGGAUCAGAUGAACGAACUAAAACGAAGAUCGUGUGCACGAUUGGUCCAUCUACUAGCUCACGUGACAUGAUUUGGAAACUGGCUGAAACUGGAAUGAAUGUGGCGCGUUUGAACAUGUCACACGGGGACCACACUUCCCAUCAGAAAGCUAUUGAUUUUGUUAAACAAUACAAUUCUCAGUUUCAAGAUAGAGUUAUUUCCAUCAUGCUUGACACCAAGGGUCCUGAAGUUAGAAGUGGGGAUGUGUCACAACCAAUUUUACUCAAAGAGGGGCAAACAUUCAAUUUUACCAUUAACAGGGGGGUUAGCACUCAAGAUACUGUUAGUGUCAAUUAUGAUGAUUUUGUUAAUGAUGUCGAGGUUGGAGACGUUCUUCUAGUAGAUGGAGGAAUUAUGUCUCUUGUUGUUAAGUCAAAGACAAAAGACUUGGUUAAAUGUGAAGUUAUUGACGGUGGAGAAUUGAAAUCUAGGCGUCAUUUGAAUGUUCGCGGAAAAAGUGCAACACUUCCUUCCAUAACUGAAAAGGACUGGGAAGAUAUCAAGUUUGGGGUAGACAAUGAAGUUGACUUCUAUGCUGUUUCAUUUGUUAAGGAUGCUAGAGUGGUUUAUGAGUUAAAAGAAUAUCUCAAAAGACACAAUGCUGAUAUACAUGUGAUUGUAAAAAUUGAAAGUGCAGAUUCCAUACCAAAUCUUCAUUCCAUACUUUCAGCUUCAGAUGGGGCAAUGGUUGCUCGUGGGGACCUUGGAGCUGAACUUCCGGUUGAAGAAGUUCCUCUACUGCAGGAGGACAUCAUUAGAAGAUGCCACAGAAUGCAAAAGCCAGUUAUUGUGGCAACAAAUAUGCUUGAAAGCAUGAUUAUUCAUCCCACACCAACUAGGGCGGAAGUCUCAGACAUUGCAAUUGCAGUAAGACAAGGGGCUGAUGCUGUCAUGCUUUCAGGAGAAACUGCACAUGGAAAAUAUCCAUUGAAAUCUGUUAAGGUUAUGCAUGCGGUGGCUCUAAGGAAUGAAUCCAGUGUUUUAAGAAGUGAUUCUUAUCCAAAUCAUUUGAGCUUCCACAAGAGCCAUAUGGGAGCAAUGUUUGCCUUCCAUGCAACAAUUAUGUCUAAUACUCUGAAUACUCCUAUUAUCGUGUUCACCAGAACUGGGUCCAUGGCUAUUCUUUUGAGUCAUUAUAGGCCCCACUCAACAAUAUUUGCAUUCACAAAUGAAGGAAGGAUUAAGCAGAGGUUGGGACUUUAUCAUAGUGUUAUGCCUAUAUACAUGCAAUUUUCAAAUGAUGCUGAGGAGACCUUUGCUAGAGCUCUCAAAUUACUAUUGAUUAAAGGUCACUUAAACGAGGGACAAUAUGUUACCCUUGUUCAAAGCGGUGCACAACCAAUCUGGCGUGAGGAAUCCAUUCACCACAUACAAGUUCGCAAGGUUCAUGGAUAAUAUUGUUGUUUAAAGAGUCUUUCUUUCUCACGAGUGUGCAAUAGCCUUUUCUUUUCCUCUCUCACUUGUAACUAAGUCUUGCUAUGAAUCAUAGUUUUGAUCGUUAUUAUGCAUGUGAGACAACAUGUUGAAUAGUUUAGGAGCUUUUGUAAUGCAAAUAAUGAUUUGUUUAUGAGAAUUGACUAUGGUUUUGAUGAAUUGUUUUUAUUUUA